CGUGUUUACGAGACGCCAGUGAUAAUUUCAGAUCUAAUUCCACAAAAAACAUGCGCCCUGACCGUAGACUCCCCCCUCAGUUGAUCCCUCUUGUGUUCCUGCUGGGCUCCUGCCGGGCGCUCCUGAGGACGGACCCUCCUCUUCUUCCCAAUCAUCCCUUCCUCUUUAUGUGGAACGCCCCGACUGAACUGUGUGAUAUUCGUUUCGCCAUGCCACUGGAUCUCUCCCACUUCCACUUGGUCAGCAGCACACUGAAAACUGCCACCAACCAGAGCAUCUCAAUCUUCUACACGGACCGCUUUGGUAUCUUCCCCUACGUGGACUUGGAGACUGGGGAGAUGUAUGAGGAUGGCCUGCCCCAGCUCAUCGACCUGCAGGAGCAUCACGAACUGGCAGAAGACGAUAUCGAAUAUUACAUUCCAUCACACCAGAAGGGCCUUGCUGUGUUGGACUUUGAGGAGUGGAGACCACAGUGGGUCAGGAACUGGGGAAGUAAAGACAUCUACCGACAGAUAUCCAUUGAAACAGUCAAGCAGAAAAAUGCAAGCCUGUCUGAUGAAGAGGCAGAAGAAAAAGCCAAGACUGUGUUCGAGCGAGCGGCCAGGCGGUACUUCAUCCGAUCCAUCCGCAUCGGGAAGAGGCUCAGGCCCAACCGACUGUGGGGGUACUAUCUGUAUCCUGACUGCUACAACUAUGACUACAACCAGGACAUGGCUGGCUUCACGGGGGAGUGUCCUGAAAUUGAGAAGGAGAGGAACAAUGCGCUCUGGUGGCUUUGGAACGAAUCUACAGCUUUGUUUCCUUCAAUUUACUUGGAGCUUGUGCUCAAGGAAUCAUGGCAAGCAAGACAGUUUGUCCGCCAUCGCAUCCAGGAAGCCAUGAGAGUCGCUACACUCCCGGAGAGCAACUACUCAAUCCCUGUCUACGCCUACAUUCGCCCUGUUUACAAGGACAGUGUUGACGACUACAUGUCUGAGAUCGAUCUGGUCAACACGAUUGGAGAAGCUGCUGCUCUUGGUGCUGCCGGAGUGGUUUCCUGGGGCGACAUGAAUGUCACUGACACAGAGGACUCAUGCUUUGAUGCACGGCGCCACCUGGAGAAAGUCAUGAACCAAUACAUUCUAAACGUAUCGACUGCGGCGGAGCACUGCAGUGAGGCCAUUUGUCAGAAGCGAGGUCGCUGUCUGAGGAAACGCUGGAACGACGACGUCUUCCUCCAUCUUGACCCGCGCCGCUACAGGAUUCAGCGGAACCGUCGAGGCGGUCCGCUGACGGUCAGUGGCGGCCUGUCGCAGGAUGACAUUAAUGCCUAUGACAAAAACUUUGACUGCCUGUGCUUUAGUGAGGGCCAGUGCAGGUCAGUCGUGAGCAUCAACGUGAUCCAGGACAACACCCUGAGAACCCGAGAUGCGUCUGACAACGCACAGGCUGUUGACCACUCACUUGCUCUCCUGUUGGGAAUCACUGUGCUGCUGCUGUCUUCCUCUUAA